UGGUACGACGUGGAAGCUCGUUGAGAACUAUGAAUAUUAAAAUUACACACCUUUUUGCCUCACUGACUGGGGUCUCAGGGCGGAGGAGAAGUCGGGGCCACCAUGGAGGCCAAGUUCCCAAAAGGUGGACCUGGCAGUGUGGAGGAACCACGAGUGGUUGAGUUGGAGCCUAUUGACCUCGGGAAGCUGGAGGUGGACAAAGGUCUGGGACCAGAGGUCGAGCAGGAGCAACACUCCUUGGACAGCUCUCCAUCAUCCUCGGACAGUGAGGAUGAAGUCAAGAAAGGAAAAAAGAAGAAGAAGGUGAAGAAGAAGAAAAAGAAGAAGGAUUCAAGCUCGUCCUCUUCUUCCUCCUCUUCCUCUUCAUCCUCCAGCAGCUCUUCGGAGAGUGACAGCGAGGAUGAAAAGAAAAAGAAGAAAAAGAAAAAGAAGAAGGAGGGAGAAGUGACAACAUACGUGUGGGAUAAUGUCAUCAUUGAUUCCAACUGUGAACUACAGGAGCAGCAUGAUGUAAGCUCUUCAGAGGAUGAGGACAAAAAGAAAAAGAAGAAGAAGAAGAAGGAUAAGAAAAAGAAGAAGAAAAAGAAGAAAGAUUCCUCCUCCUCUUCUUCCUCUGACAGUUCCUCUGACAGUUCAUCUGACAGCGAGGACAAAAAGAAGAAGAAAAAGAAGAAGAAAAAGAAGGACUCGAGCUCUUCCUCCUCAGAUAGUUCCUGUUGUUCAUCAUCCUCCUCUGACAGUGAUGACGGCAAGAAGAAAAAAAAGAAAAAAGACAAGAAGAAGAAGAAAAAGAAAGACAAGAAGAAGGAUUCCAGCUCAUCAUCCUCAUCCUCUGACAGUGACGAAGAUAAGAAAAAAAAGAAGAAGGAUAAGAAGAAGAAGAAAGAUGAGAAGAAGGAUGAGGAGCAGGAGGAAACUAAAUCAGCUCAACUUUCAGCAGCAGGUGUCGAGGGAGAGGAUCCAACUGCUGAUGGUGUUGUCGCCAAAGUUCAAGAUGACCAGGAGCUUCAAGCAGCUGCAGUGGGGAAAACAGAUGAAGCAGGAGGGCUUGGUGUUGACGAUGGCCAUGUGAGCGACGACGAAGGAGAAGGAGGAGAAGAUGGACAAAAGAAGAAAAAGAAAUUGAAGAAAAAGAAAAAGGAUUCUGCUUCCUCAUCAUCUGACUCUGAGAGCUCCUCUUCUGACAGUGACGAUGACAAGAAGAAGAAGAAGAAAAAGAAGGUGAAGAAGAAGGACAAGGGUUCCAGUUCCUCCUCAUCUUCGUCUGAUAGUGACGAUGACAAGAAGAAAAAGAAAAAGAAGAAGAAGAAGAAGAAGGAUUCAAGCUCUGAUGACAGCUCCUCUUCAUGCCCCUCUUCGUCUGAUAGUGAUGAUGACAAGAAGAAAAAGAAGAAGAAGAAGAAGAAGAAGAAGAAGGAUUCAAGCUCUGAUGACAGCUCCUCUUCAUGCUCCUCUUCGUCUGAUAGUGAUGAUGACAAGAAGAAAAAGAAAAAGAAGAAGAAGGAAUCCAGCUCCUCUUCCUCUGACAGCGAUGAUGACAAGAAGAAAAAGAAGAAGGACAAGAAAAAGAAGAAAAAGAAGGAUUCAUCCUCCGAUUCCUCCAGUGAUUCCAGUGAUGGUGAGAAGAAAAAGAAGAAGAAAAAGAAAGACAAGAAAAAGGAUUCCUCCUCUGACGCUUCAAGUGAUUCUUCAAGCGAUGAUGACAAGAAGAAGAAAAAGAAGAAAAAAGACAAGAAGAAGAAGAAAGAUUCCUCCUCUGACUCGUCCAGUGAUUCUUCUUCAAGUGAUGAUGACAAGAAGAAGAAAAAGAAGAAGAAAGACAAGAAGAAAAAGAAAAAAGAGGAUUCCUCCUCUGACUCUUCAAGUGAUUCUUCCAGUGAAGAUGACAAGAAGAAGAAAAAGAAGAAGAAAGACAAGAAGAAGAAGAAGAAAAAAAAGGAUUCCUCCUCUGACUCUUCUGGUGAUUCUUCAAGUGACUCUUCGAGUGAUGAUGACAAGAAGAAGAAAAAGAAGAAGAAAGACAAGAAGAAAAAGAAAAAAAAGGAUUCCUCCUCUGACUCUUCGAGCGACUCUUCUAGUGAUGAUGACAAGAAGAAAAAGAAGAAGAAGAAGAAGAAGAAACACAAGAAGAAAAAGGAUUCCUCCUCCGACUCCUCCAGUGACUCUUCUAGUGAUGACGACAAGAAAAAGAAAAAGAAGAAGAAGAAGGACAAAAAAAAGAAAAAGAAGAAGAAGAAGGAUUCCUCUUCUUCCAGCUCCAGCGAUUCCUCCAGUGAUGAUGAUAAAAAGAAGAAAAAGAAGAAAGACAAGAAGGAGAAGAAAAAGGAAGACGAGAAAAAGGACUCCAGUAGUCCGAGCUCACCUGACAAACAGGAUGGCAGCGACAAAGAAAACCAACAGAAAGAGCAGAAGACUUGUGAGUCCCUUGACAGUGAAAGCAACCCGAACAAGACUCUUGGCUAUCCCGGGGUCAAACAGGAAGAGCAGCCUAAAGUGGAGCAGUCAGGUGGUACUGCCCUUUCAACAUCUGCGACCACCAGCCCGAUGCCCGGCGGCAGUGGCGGCGGCGGCGGCGGCACUAUCAUCACAUACGUCACACUUCCAUCCAAACCGGUGGUGAAGCUGGAUCCUGCGGGCUCUCCGUCUGUUUUGAAGCCAUCGCAAAGCGUGAGAGACCCGUCACCCUCCCGCAAACCAGUCAGCGCCAUGGAGGCUCUGAUGGGGAACCCAAGGCGGUACGGAGAAGGGAGCACUCGCACCACCACCCACCUCACCUCCCUUGACCUGCUGAGAAACCCCAAACAGCAGUAGAUGGCAAAUGGUAUUGAUCUGAAUUAUCAAGCGCACGGAGCGCAGUGGGAAUGUGAUUGAAGAGGGGGGCGGAGGUGUUGUCUUGGUGUCAAAAUCUCAUGACUUCAUGGGUCUUAACAUUUUUUUGACUUUUAAAGAAAAGGUGUACUGUGGAAACAAAACAUGCUGGAUGAAAAUUAAAGGCUGCUUUGAA